AUUUUAAUGACUAGGCUUAUGUCAAAGCCAGAAAUUGUUUCUAUUCAUGAACUAAACAAUUACAGUCUAGGUUCUUAUAGCUCGUUUGAUUCUUCUUCACCUACUGAUUCCAAAAAGAAUAAUGAAGAAUUUGAAACACAAAUAAGACAGCUAACUCAACAAGUGGAACAUUUGUCAAUAGCGAAUGCUCGACUAAAGAGAGCCAAUCGCAUGUUAAAAAUGGAAAGUGACAAGAAAGUGGACGAAAAGACGGUCGAACUCAAGCAGGCCUUGAAGAGACUUUUAGAACAAAAUAUCAGGUUACAAAGAUCCAAUCGACUAUUAAAGGACGAUUCUGAUACACUACGAGAGGAGUUAAGGAAUAUUAAGCAAAAUCAUAUACGAGACAUGACACAAGUAGGACCAGAAUAUGAGUAUUUGGUUCAAGUGGUCAAUAUAUUAUACAGACAGCUAUUGACAAAUAAACCACAAUGUGCACAGACAUGUUGCUAUACCAACAAACAGAUCACUGAUAAAGACAAACAUGCUUGUAGACCGACAGUACAGUCUAAUCUAUCGCGGGGUAAAAUUCAAUUGGAGAAUGAAGAACUGAAAGAUAAGCUGGAUUCCUUAAUACAAGAAAAUGAACUACUGACAGAAUUAAUAAAAGAGAAAGAACGAGAUAAUAAAGAAUUAAAAGAGGAAUUAAAGAUAAAGGAUGAUAUCGUCCAGCAAUUAGAAUACGAUUUUAAGCAAAUGGAAUCAGAAGUGAAUGAUUUACAAAAGGAUAUAUGCUAUAAUCAUCCAUCAGCGGAGAGUUCACUAUCAGAAAUCCUGUCUUUCCCUUCUGUUCCAAUUUAAUACAGGAUAUCCAAAUUACACACUUGAGUGAUCUUGCUUGUUAUCAUUCUCUUCUUUGUUUGAUCGAGCUUGGACAAUAUUAUAAAAUGUAAAUAAAGAGCUUUCUUUCUUUCUUUUCGUCUUCUUUUGUAAGAGCAAAUGUAAAAAAAAAAAGACAAUUAGGGAAAGAAGGGUGGGAAC